AUGGAUGCGGGUGGCUCAGAAUUGUGCUUCAAGGCGGUCAGAUGCGAGGAUGGUGGAGGCGGCGCAGCGACAGGCACGGGCGGGCGGGCGGCGUCGCUGCGGCUCGCGAACGGGCGCGUCGCGGCCCAGUCGGCGGAGCAGCUGCCGCACUCGCCCGCGGACUGCGCCUCCGUGCGGAUCUCCAUCGACAACACGAACACCUGCUGCACCGACUCUCUCGUCACCGCGCUCGACGAUGAGACCCUACUUCUAGGAACAACUGUGGAGCCAUUAACAUUGACCAUGGUCGCGGGGCGCGUUCAGCGGAGAAGCGAGACGCGCAUGGCUCGCCUCCAGCCGGCGACAAACGCUCCCACUGAACAGUCUCAAACUGCCCAGCCGCGCGCGCUGACAUACUGCGGGCCCGUAAGCUCGAGC